GGUCACUUGGAUCGCUCUGACCCGGCGGACACUGUGAGAGGCUCUGUUGGAGUGCUUGACCAGAACGGAGAAGUCCAGGUGACCGCUGCGUCCGGCAUUAAGGUCAUACUGCAAAACAUCCCAGGCGUAGGCAACGUCCGAAUGCGGUACCCCAUCGCCCCAGUGCACGGAGAGGGCAGCACGGUCUACAAAGAGCUCAACGCUCUCAAGACAAAGCUGGAAGAAGAGAACCCUUCGUACCAAUAGUUGGACUGACUCAACCAAGUACGUCAAUUAUGUAUUGCUGGAUUGUUUAAGAGAGAGAGAGAGAGAGAGAGAGAGAGAGAGAG